GAGAAGCCGCGGUUGAGCUCCAGCACGUCCUCUGCGGAUUUCAUCAUCGACUGCUCGCCCGGCUUCCUCGCACCACUGCCGUCCUUUUCGGAUCUUCAACUGGGUCUGCGUGAUAUCAUCGCUGCGUGGUGCACUGUGGUCACGCGGCAGGGAGGACAUCAUCUUGGAGCCACAAGGGGGGAGGCAGUGCGGCGAGGGAUGAGCAAUGGGAAAGAAACAUGCAGUGAAGAUCUUUGCCACACUGCCGUGCAACGUGGUGACGUGUGAGCAUGUGACCGGACCGCACCACAUCAGUUCUGGACUACACUACAUCUUACUGGCUCGUGGCAAGGAGCUUCACCUGUUGAAGGCCUGCUCUUCACUCACUAUCACUCUGACUCCUCCAUCCCCUGUCAACAUGACAACCUCAGCCCUGCGUAGGCAGGUGAAGAACAUAGUGCACAACUAUUCCGAAGCAGAGAUUAAGGUCCGCGAGGCCACCUCAAAUGAUCCAUGGGGCCCGUCAUCGUCUCUCAUGUCAGAAAUCGCUGAUUUGACGUUCAACGUGGUGGCUUUUGCUGAAGUCAUGGGCAUGGUGUGGAAGCGCCUCAAUGACAGCGGCAAGAACUGGAGGCAUGUCUACAAGUCCCUAACUCUAUUGGACUACCUGCUGAAGACGGGAUCAGAAAGAGUGGCUCAACAGUGUCGAGAGAAUGCCUUCACUAUUCAGACGCUGCGUGAUUUUCAAUAUGUUGACCGCGAUGGCAGAGACCAAGGAGCCAAUGUCAGAGAAAAAGCACGCCAACUGGUGUGUCUUCUCCGGGAUGAAGACCGUCUUCGCCAAGAGAGGAGUCAAGCUCUGAAGACCAAGGAGCGAAUGGCUGGGGGAGGUAGCGGAGGUGGAGGUGGAGGUGGAGGAGGAGGAGGAGGUGGAGGGGGCGUGUAUGGAGGAAUACCCCCAUCCUAUCACCCAGGCAGACGGACAAGCCAGCCCAGCAUGGCUGUACUCUAUGGCGAGGAGUUAAGCCGCUCCAGAGGUUCUCCAUCGUCCUUUAACUCAGCCUCGUCUUCAUCUCCUCGAGAUGCCUCAGACCUGGAACAGGCUCGACCUCAAACCAGCGGGGAAGAGGAGCUGCAGAUCCAGCUGGCUUUAGCCAUGAGCAGGGAGGAGAAUCAGAAGGAACAGCGCUGUCGCCAUGGAGAUGAGUCUCUCGUACAAAAGGUCCUGGAUGAGAGCAGGAGAACAAGCCAGACUGGGACAGAGUCGACCAUGUUGGACCUAGUAGACAUCUUUGGCGCAUCCUCUGAGAGGCCACCUCCACCUGGUGACCCCUGGGACUCUGUCCAGCCUUCCUGUAACGUCACUUCUGACCCCUGGCAUUCUGUAGACCCACCCCCAUCCUUGAAUACUGCUAAUCCUUGGGCUUCAUGUACCAAACCACACAAAGCGCUAUGGGAGGCGGCAUCCACCUACAGCCCUGCAGUCGAUCACACGUGGGACAGAACGUCCGAGCGCGAGAGUGAUGGGACAUAUCCAGUCAGUGCACAUGAAGAGGAGAAGUUUCAGCAAGAGGUUCCUCAACUGCCUUCUCCCUCAGCUAGUCCCACAGUUUCUGAGCUACGUGGGUCAGCAGACAUGUUCUCUGGAGCAGAUUCCAGCACUGAUCCAUUCAGGAAUGAAGCUCUGCUGAAGCUCCAGGUAAAUGGACAGGACUCAGGCAGUCCAGAGAUGUUUGCUCUGUCUCGCCUUGUGCCCCCUGUAAGCACUACGACGCGUGUGUGUCGGACCCCUGAGGCCUUCCUCGGACCAACGGGGGCCUCAUUGGUCAAUUUGGACGCACUGAUACCACCUACCCCACCAAGCAAAACGCACAACAACCCAUUCCUCUCAGGUCUGAGCGCUCCAUCUCCCACCAACCCUUUCCACUGUGACCAGUCUCGCCUUACCCUCAACCAAAUGCGUCCAUCCUCGACAUCUCCACUGCCCCCGCACAUGCUCUCCUACAGUCCGUCACUUCCACUCCCUCUCCCUCACAGGGGGGCAGUCCUUCCCUCCUCGCACACCCAGCCUCCCACCAGACUUAUGGAUCUUCCCUCCAACCUCCCCCAACCCCUGCUCCCCCUCUCUCCUCAGCCAGUGGCUCGCAUUCAAUCCCAAGCACUAAUACACAGCCACAACCCGUUCCUCUGAGACUGGAAUUGCUUUUCCUAUUUGCACACUCGAGACUACCAGGAGCCUGAACCAGAGUGAAGAUCUUGUUUAUUGUCUGUGCACACACGAAAUGGAUCAAACAUGAACUGGAUGUACUUGUGUCUGUCAAAAGACACAUCAGCUGCUGCAGUAUAUGUAACCCAACCUGAAUUCUUGAAGGAAUGCAUUCACACUGAUCCAUCACAACAUUAAUACCGCUGACAAGUUUGAUAUUAAGUGCACAGCCCUGCAAUAAAUUCCCUCAUGAGAAUCAUUUCA